UAGGCUCCCACGCGCCCCAAAUCCUGCCCGCGAUGGAGAAGGGCAAGGAUGUGGUGAUGCCGGUGGUUCCACCGUUGGAUAAUGCGGCCGCGGCGCAGAUCGUCUGCCGGUUCUUCCAGUACGGUACGUGCCGGUUUGGCAGCUCGUGCCGCUUCAUCCAUCCCGCUGCACCGACCGCACACGAGACGCACGGUAGCAGCUGCGGUAGCAGCUGCGGCAGUAGCGGUAGCAGCCACAGCAGCAGCAACAGCAGCAGCACCGGUACCAGCCCAGCCGCCAACCAUACGCUGGCGGCCAAGAAGAAGGAAGAUACGGAGAGCAAGCUAAAUCCUACCACGCUGGAUCUUUCCCGUUGGAUUGAUGCGCCCGUUUUUGUGCCGAAAUCGAAACUUUCCACACAGCAGCAGCAGCAAAAGGAACAAACUCCCCGUAAGAAGCUCCAGCACAAGGAACUGAAAGACGCGGAGCACGAGGACGAAGAGGAGGAGGAGGAGGACGACGAAGAGCGAAAUAAUGAAGCUGAUAAUGAGGCGGACAACGAGGAGGAGGAAGAAGAGGAGGAGGCAGCGGACGCCGAGGAUGGUGCGGUCGGGUACGCUGGUUCGUCGCUGCUUUCCUACGCGAACGUCGUCACAAUGAACAACAAUCACAACGGUCAGGACAUUGCGCUUGCACCCGGCGAAAUCGGUCUCUGCAUCAACUACGAGAAGGACGGAAUCUGUCCGAUCGCCGACUGUGUGUACCUGCACGGUGAGCUGUGCGAGCUCUGCCAGCAAUACUGUCUCGACCCGCGGGACAAGGAGCAGCAGCGCCGCCACAAUGCGGACUGCAUCCGCGAGCACGAGCUGGAGAUGGAGCACGCGUUCGCGGUGCAGCGUUCGCGCGACAAAUCGUGCGGCAUCUGUCUGGAGGUGGUGAUGGAGAAGCGGGCCCGGGAGCAGCGAUUCGGCAUUUUGCCCAACUGUAAGCACACAUUUUGUCUCGGCUGCAUCCGGACCUGGCGCAAGGCAAACAAUUUUGCCAACAAAAUUAAAAGGAGCUGCCCAACCUGUCGCGUACCAUCCGACUUUGUCUGUCCCAGCUUUGUGUGGGUAGAGUGUGGCGAGGAGAAGAAGCGCCUGAUCGAAAACUACAAACAAGCCUGCAACAACACCGACUGUAUGCACUUCAAGAAGGGCAGCGGGAACUGCCCGUUCGGCAAUAAGUGCUUCUACCGCCAUGCCCUACCGUCCGGCGAGCUGGUCGAUCUCGGUGCGCCGUCCCGCCGGCGCAACCUGACCCGGGGCCGCCACCGCGAUAUGGAUCAUGCCGAUACGCUGCAGCUGCAGGAAAUCUUUGCCACCAUCAUCGCACCGCGCAGCUGGCUGCUGCACGACUACAUGGAUUCAAUCUUUUCCGAUCUGGACUAUUCGGAGGACGACCUGGAAUAUUUUUCCGGGCGGGGCGGAGGCUUCCCGUCCGACUCCUCUGACUACGAAGAUGAUUUUAUGUUUGAUCUGAUAUGAUCAGCAACGAAGCAU